GUCAGCUGCUCUACUCUCGCGCAUUCGGCGCGCGCUGAAGAUGGCGGAGCAGCGCGAGCCAGCGGCGCAGGAUGCGCUCACGAGACAUCAAAGUUCUUUCUGUGGCGUCCAGUUGAUUCGGAUUCUCGCGACCGCUCUCAAAGCGGGCAUUUAAAACGGAUGAACAUGUGGUUCUGCUAGAUGACUGUUCUCUCACACCUGGUUUGUUCAAGCAGAUGCAUGCAGAGGGUUUCAAGCCAAAGCAACAACACUCUAAAGAACAAACAGUUGAGCUGUGUUUUCACAUGAUGCCUCCAGCUGCUUAGGUGUAGGGUCAUUAUAUGGACGGGAGGAGUACGAUACAAAAACAGAGACACCGGAGUGGCGACUCCGUCGCAGGCUAUGGGGGCCAUGGUGACCUAGAUUCAAUGGUUGUUUCCUGGCAGGGCAAAUUCAUUGCCGUUUAAUCCCUGCCCUGUUUUUAUUGUACCUCCCUACCAGAGUGAGGCGCCACCCUCUCUCUGUCCCCGUCACCCACUUGGUCAAGACAGCUAUGGCUGGAGUGAGGAAGUUGGCACGAGUAAUCAGGCACCAAGGUCUCCACCGCCUGAUCCUUGCACUCAUUCUCUUCUGUCUACUCUCCAUGGCCUACCUGGCUUAUCACGUCACUGCUGGACCCAAGAUCAAGGAGGCCCCUCUUCCGCUACCACUGGGGGACUGUGUAGCUACGUCGGUAGUUGGUGGCGGACAAAGGGCUCCACUGUUCCUGCCAUCUCAGAUCAGCCAGCGGCGACAUUCGCCGAGAACAGCAGACACCUCUCGGACUGAGCCUGUGGUGUUACUCUUUGUGGAAAGCAUCUACUCCCAACUCGGACAAGAGAUCGUUGCCAUCUUGGAGUCAAGUCGCUUUCAUUACCGCACUGAAAUUGCACCGGGAAAAGGGGACAUGCCUCCUCUGGCUUGGCGAGGUCGUGGCCGAUACACGCUCAUCGUCUAUGAGAACCUGCUCAAGUACGUCAACCUGGACUUGUGGAACCGCCAGUUAUUGGAUAAAUACUGCCAAGACUAUGGAGUGGGAAUCAUCGGCUUCUACCGGGCAAAUGAAAACUCACCAUCCAGCGCUCAGCUCAGAGGCUUCCCUCUGUUCUUGCGUUCAAACCUGCCACUUUGGGAUUACAGAGUCAACCCUGCUGCACCCCUACUCUACAUCACCAAACCCAAUGAGCUGGAACCUGGCCCUCUACCUGCAGACAACUGGACCACCUUCCUGUCCAACCACAGCACCUAUGAGCCUGUGCUGUUAGCUAGCCCCAGACCAGCAGAACCCAAUCAGCUCCCAACCCACUCACACCAACAGAGAACGCUGCUAGCUACGGUUGUGCAGGACCUAGGUCUUCACGAUGGGAUUCAGCGGGUGUUCUUUGGUGGAAGCUUGUCGUUUUGGCUGCACAAGCUGCUGUUUGUGGAUGCUGUGGGGUAUUUAACUGGCAGGAGGCUCAGCUUGUCUCUGGACCGAUUUUUGCUGGUGGACGUGGAUGACAUCUUUGUUGGGAAGGAGGGGACGCGCAUGAAAGUGGCGGAUGUUGAGGCACUGCUUCACACACAGAAUAAACUUCGUUCUCUGGUACCUAAUUUCACCUUCAACCUGGGAUUCUCUGGCAAGUUUUUUCAUACAGGGACAGAUGAGGAAGAUGAGGGUGACGACACGCUGCUCCGACACCGGCAAGAGUUCUGGUGGUUCCCACACAUGUGGAGCCACAUGCAACCUCAUCUCUUCCACAACGUCAGCGUGCUCGCAGAACAGAUGAGACUUAAUAGACAGUUUGCACAGGAGCAUGGGAUCCCCACAGACAUGGGUUACGCUGUAGCCCCCCAUCACUCAGGAGUUUACCCUGUGCACAGUCAGCUUUAUGAUGCCUGGAAGAGUGUAUGGGGCAUCAAGGUGACCAGCACAGAGGAGUAUCCUCAUCUCAGGCCUGCCCGCUACCGCAGGGGAUUCAUACACAACGGCAUUCAGGUUCUUCCCCGGCAGACAUGUGGGCUUUUCACACACACCAUCUUCUACAAAGAUUACCCAGGAGGCCCUCAGGAGCUGGACAAAAGCAUCCGUGGUGGUGAGCUGUUUCUUACGGUGCUGCUCAAUCCGGUUAGUAUAUUCAUGACUCACCUGUCAAACUAUGGCAACGACCGGCUGGGCCUGUACACCUUUGAGUCGUUGGUGAGGUUUGUGCAGUGCUGGACUCACCUGCGCCUGCAGACUCUGCCUCCUGUCAGACUCGCUCACAAAUACUUCCAGAUUUUCCCUGAUGAGAGAGACCCCUUGUGGCAGAACCCAUGUCAUGACAAGAGACACAAAGACAUCUGGUCCAAAGAGAAGACCUGUGACAGACUGCCCAAGUUUCUAGUGAUUGGCCCUCAGAAGACCGGAACAACCGCACUGCACUCGUUUCUUGCCCUUCAUCCUGCCAUUACCAGCAGCUUCCCCAGCACAGUCACCUUUGAGGAGGUGCAGUUCUUCAGCGGACCAAACUAUCAGCGAGGCAUUGACUGGUAUAUGGAUUUUUUCCCUGUACCCUCAAAUGUGAGCACAGACUUCCUGUUUGAGAAGAGCGCAAACUAUUUUGACACUGAAACUGCCCCGAAGAGAGCAGCUGCCCUCUUACCAAGAGCCAAAAUCAUCUCUAUCCUCAUCAACCCUGCUGACCGGGCGUAUUCCUGGUAUCAGCAUCAGAGGGCUCAUCAGGAUCCUGUGGCUCUAAACUACACGUUUCACGAGGUGAUCUCCGCUGGGCCGUCCUCUCCCGCAGCUCUGCUGUCUCUGCACCGGCGCUGUCUUCAGCCUGGAGCCUACAGCAGUCACCUGGAGCGCUGGGUACAUCACUACCAGCCCAGUCAGCUGUUGAUCGUGGAUGGUGUGCAGCUGCGCUCCAGUCCUGCUCAGAUGAUGGAUGGGAUUCAGAAGUUCCUGGGAGUCACACCGUACUUCAACUACACACAGGCUCUGACGUUUGACGAGAGUAAAGGUUUCUGGUGUCAGAAACUGGAGGCAGGACGCACUCGCUGUCUGGGAAAGAGCAAAGGAAGGAAAUAUCCAGACAUGAGCCUGGAGUCAAGGACGUUUCUGUCAGAGUAUUACCGCGAGCAGAACGUGGAGUUACUCAGGAUGUUUAAACGUCUGGGUCAGCCUCUGCCCGUUUGGCUCAGAGACGAACUGCACAACGCCAGCUGGAGCUGAUAAGAACCUUCAUGAGGAGAACCACAGCAGAACCCUGCUCCACAUAGGAGAACUCGGGGCCCGUGUGCGGCAGGAGCCAAAAGAGGACUGACCCCUCUCGCCCUCCUUACUCCGCACAGGCUCUGACCGAGGAGACAGCCCGAUCCCGCUGUCAGUCUGAAUGAAGCCCUCAGAGUCAGAGUUGCCCUCAACCUCGUUAUGGGAACUUGUAGUAGACCUUUAUGGAUUCACAGACAUGGAAAUGGGAGUGAAUUGAUUGGACGGCUUUAAAAAGACUUCUAGUGUGGUUUAAAAUCCAUUGUGAACUUGCUGUUUUGAAAUGCAAAUAUAGUCUUCUAGGAAGAGAGGAAAUUGCAGAAGAUUGGGAACAUUUUGUGGAAAUACCCAUGAAAGGGAGGGGCUAUGAGAGGAUUAUUUAAAUUUUAUUCUCAAAAGUUUUUAACUCUGCCAAGCAGAGAAGUAUUUAAAUGUGCAUCAUAAAUUUCAGCCAUCUUGCUGCCUUUAAAAAAA